CGGCAGCGGCACGGCACGGCACGGCACGGAGCGGAGCGGCGGCGCGCUGCCAUGGCGGAGGCGGCGGUGCCGUGCCGGGUGCAGUACCUGGAGGACGCGGACCCGUUCGGCUGCGGCAGCUUCCCGGAGCCGCGGCGAGCUCCGGUGUACGCCGUGGACGAGGCGCUGGCCCUGGGAGCUCAGCUGCCCGCCGUGCACCGGCUCCUCGAGGCCCCGCUGCCGCUGGAAGACUGCACACUGCAGGUCUCACCCUCUGGACACUACCUGGACCUCGACUUGUCCCUCCUGGAGCAGAAGGAUGACCUGGAGGGUUUCUAUGAGGAGGUCAGGAAGGGGAGGCGACCGACCCUACUCCUGCGCACGCAGCUCUCCGUCCGAGUCCACGCCAUCAUCGAGAAGCUCUACAACUCCCAGGGCCCGGAGCUGCGGCGAUCCCUCUUCUCCCUGAAGCAGCUCUUCCAGGAGGACAAGGACCUGGUGCCAGAGUUUGUGAACCUGGAUGGGCUGACAUGCCUGAUCAAAGUGGGGGCAGAGGCUGACCAGAACUACCAGAAUUACAUCCUUAGGGCCUUGAGCCAGAUCAUGCUGUUUGUGGAUGGGAUGCAGGGAGUCAUCAACCACAACGAGACCAUGCAGUGGCUGUACACGCUGUCGGGGAGCCCGUUUCGCCUGGUUGUGAAGAUGGCCCUGAAGCUGCUGCUGGUGUUCGUGGAGUACACGGAGCCCAACGCGCUGCUCCUCAUCCGCGCCGUCAACGCCGUGGACCAGGCGAGAGGUGUGUGCCCCUGGUCCAACCUGAUGGCCAUCCUGGAGCAACGCAACGGCGCCGACACGGAGCUGCUGGUGUUUGCCGUGACGCUGAUCAAUAAGACUCUGGCAGCCCUCCCGGACCAGGACACGUUCUACGACGUGACGGACUGCCUGGAGCAGCAGGGCAUGGAGCGGGUGGUGCAGCAGUACCUGGGCAACAAGGGCACCGACCUCGACUUGAAGCAGCAGUUCACGCUCUACGAGAGCGCUCUGAAGCUGGAGGAUGACGUGGAAGAGCCGCCCUCGGGGGCACGGAAGGAGCGGAGACGGACGGACGAGGGUCGGCGCGGGUGGCGAUCCCAGGGCGGCUGCCCAGAGCCCAGCCCCGACACCCAGCCACUGCUGGGGUCCCCUGGCACCCCCAAGGAGCCCCCCACCGAGGACACCGUGGCUGUUCCCACACCCAGCAGCCCAGCAGAACCCUGUCCCAGCAGCAUCUACAACAGUGCAUCCAGUGUGCAGCUGGCCCUGGCCUCCCCCCUGGCCAAGAAGGAGCAGCCCCCGGCGCUGGGCGAGCGCAGCGUCUAUAAAGCUCGCUUCUUGGAGAACCUGGCUGCAGCCCAGAAGGAGAAGAUCUCUUCCAUGGCCAAGGGACGGCUCGAUGUCCUCAGCGACGCGGCGCUGGAGCAUCCCACGUGGGACAGGGACGGUGGCACCCCUGAGCCUGGCACAGAGCCGCCCAGCACAAGGUCUCACCUCGUCCGUCCAGACACCACUGACUCCUGCAGCACCAUCUCCUCCGACACCAAGUUCAUGCUGGACGUGCUCUAUGCCAAGGGCUCCUCGGAGCCGGGGAGGGAGAAGGUCUUUCCUGACAUCCCAUCACCCACCCUGGUUCAGGAUGAGGUGGAGAUGGACACUGGGGGACGUGGCAGCCAGGAGAAGAAGGGCUCCUGGCUCCAUGGCAGGGCUCCAGAUGGACCAGUGGCCAGUGCCCAUGCCAAGCUGGCACGUGCCAUGUCCAGCACAGACGCCGAGAGCCACACGCAGAAGCUGGAGAACACCGGGAUGAUGCCAGUCAAGAAGGACGUGGAGCUGACAUGGGAGCGCCUGGAGGCCAGCCCUGUGGAGCUGAAGAUCAGGGACUUGGACUUCACUGAUCUGGGAGAAGAAGAUGACUUUGACAUCCUGGACACAGGGCCUAUGGCCAAUGGCUCCGUCCAUCCUCUGAGCAUUGAAGCAACGAACACUGGAGCUCUCAUGGUUCCCCCUCCACCUCCUGCCAUCCCUGGUUGCCCACCACCUCCUCCUCCACCUCCUGCCAUCCCUGGUUGCCCACCACCUCCUCCUCCACCUCCUGCCAUCCCUGGUUGCCCACCACCUCCUCCUCCACCUCCUGCCAUCCCUGGUUGCCCACCACCUCCUCCUCCACCUCCUGCCAUCCCUGGUUGCCCACCACCUCCCCCUCCACCUCCUGCCAUCCCAGGGCUGCCAAGCCCCUCAGCAACGGAUGGCCCCUCCCAGGCCAAGAAGAAGAGGACAGUGAAGCUCUUCUGGAAGGAGCUGAAGCAGCCAGAUGGCACUGUGGGGCCAGGCAGGUUCGGCCAGGCCACUCUGUGGGCGUCCCUGCAGAACGUCGAGGUGAACGCCACCAAACUGGAGCAUCUCUUUGAGUCACGGUCAAAGGAAGCGCCAACUUCAAAGAAGGCCAUCGAUGGCAAGAAGGUGGUGGUGGUGCUGGACCCCAAGAGGAGCAACGCCAUCAACAUCGGGCUCACGGUGCUGCCGCCCGUGCACAUCAUCAAGACGGCCGUGCUCAACUUUGAUGAGUUUGCGGUCAGUAAGGAAGGGAUUGAGAAAAUCCUGACCAUGGUCCCGACUGAGGAGGAGAAGCAGAAGAUCCGGGAGGCCCAGCUGGCCAACCCUGACGUGCCCUUGGGCUCUGCAGAGCAGUUCCUGCUUGCCCUGUCUUCCAUCAGCGACCUCACAGCCAGGCUCCAGCUCUGGGCCUUCAAGCUGGACUACGAGAGCCUGGAGCAGGAGAUCGCAGAGCCACUCUUUGAUCUGAAGGUGGGCAUGGAGCAGCUGGCCAGAAAUCACACGUUCAAGUGCAUCCUGGCCACGCUGCUGGCCAUGGGCAACUUCUUGAAUGGCUCCCAGAGCAGAGGCUUUGAGCUGGGCUACCUGGAGAAGGUCUCGGAAGUGAAGGACACGGUGCACAGGCAGUCCCUGCUCCACCACCUCUGCCAGAUGGUGGUAGAGAAGUUCCCAGAGACCACCGACCUGUACUCGGAGAUCGCUUCCAUCACCCGCUCGGCCAAGGUGGACUUCGAGGAGCUGGCCAACAGCCUGGUGCAGCUGGAGCGGAGGUGCAGGGCCUCCUGGGACAACCUGAAGGUGAUCGCCAAGCACGAGACCAAGCCGGUGCUGAAGAGCAAGCUGACGGACUUCCUCAAGGACAGCACCCAGCGCGUCCUCGUCCUGAAGGUGGUGCACAGGCGCGUCCUCAACAGGUUUCACUCCUUCCUGCUGUACCUGGGGUACCCGGCGGGCGCGGCGCGGGACGUGAAGGCCACGGCGCUGUGCCGGCUGCUGCGGGAGUUCGCGCUGGAGUACCGCACGUGCCGCGAGCGCGUGCUGCAGCAGCAGAGCCGGCGGGCGGCUCACCGCCAGCGCAGCAAGACCCGCGGGAGGCUCAUCACCGAGACCGAGAAGUUCUCCGGCAUCGCCGAGGCGGCGGCGGCGGCGCCCGCCCUGGUGUCCAGCGGCCCCGAGGAGCAGAUGGAAGCGGGUCACGAGAGCAUGAGGAGUGUGCUCACCUCCCCCACAGACGGCCCUGCCCGCCGCAGCCGCGCCAGCCGCGGGAUGGGGCAUGCCACACCGACCCAGGGCUCUCCGGCCCAGGAGGAUGUUCCCAGCUCCCCAGAUGAUGCUUCGGAUGAAAUCAUGGACCAGCUGGUGAAGUCGGUGACUCACAGCGCCAACCCCCGGCCCUGUGCCAACAAGGAGCGCAGGAGGUCCCGUGGCAAUAGGAAGUCCUUGAGACGGACGCUGAAGAGUGGGCUCAGCGACGAGCUGGUGCAGGCGCUGGGCCUGGGGCGGGUGCCUGGCAUGGAGGUGUGAGGGGGCUGAGGGGGCUUGUGCUGCUCUGUGCCACUGGCAGCCCCCCAGGCAGGAUGUGGUGGCAGCUCCUGCAGCCCCAGGACGGGCACACUCUGCACCCUCUCCGUUUUGCCUUGCUUUUCCUCAGCCUGUGGCUCCUGGAGGUGCAGGCAGCAGGGUGGGAGUGAUGCCCCAGGGCUGCUCCGUGGGGGCAGGGAUGGAGGAUGCUCAGUGCCCAUAUGUGGGCAUGAGGGCUCGGUGCUCAUCUUCUUAACAGUAUUAGAGAGGGCAAGGGGCUGGACCCAGACCCUCUCUGGCAACUGGGUCUGGCCCCGUGGCCUCUGUGGCAAUAAAGUGAUCUGACACGC